AUGUUGAAGCCUAUUUUGGACAUUGAUAAUCUCAAUGUCUCGUUGACCGUUUUUGGCUUGUUUAUUCUGGCGUAUGGCUAUAUUUCGGCAAAGAUCCAGCGAACAUGGUAUCUGGGCGAGGCUUUGCCGGCUUUUCUGCUUGGAAUCGUGUUUGGUCCGGCUGCUAGCGAUUUUAUGAAUGUUUCCGAUUGGGAUCGAGAUGGAGUUUACCACAAUACACACAAGGUUUCAUAUGUACAGGCAGAUAGAUACACCCAGAGAGAGAUAUGGGCAGACAACAUGCUAAUGGUUUCUAAGGAUCUAUCGCGCCUUAUCAUUGGCAUUCAGCUCGUCAAGGUUGGCUACGAGCUGCCGAAGCAGUACCAGAAACAGCGCGCGAUGGAAAUGACUAUUUGUCUGUUUCCAGUAAUGGCUAUGAUGUGGCUGUGUACAACGGGGUGUAUCAAGUUGAUUGUCCCAAAGCUUUCUGUGGUAUCGGCAUUGAUAAUUGCAUCAUGCGUCACCUGCACCGAUCCCAUUCUUUCCCAAGCUAUCGCCAAGGGCCCCUUUGCUGAGAAUUACGUGCGUCGACCCCUUCGUGAAUUUAUAUCGUCCGAGGCCGGAGGGAACGAUGGGUUUGGAUUUCCGUUUUUGCUUUUUGCUGUCGCGCUCUUGCGGUAUGCCGGAACACGAGCCAAUGCAAUUUCUCUCGACAAUAUGGAUCUGGCCGAGGGCAUUCCUGACCAGCUGGGAGGAGGGGAGAUGGGGAGAUAUGGAGGAGGACUGGAAACUGCCUUGAAGCAUUGGCUAAUUGAAGGGGUUGUUUUCAUGGUGCUUUUGGGGCUUGCGUAUGGCGUAUUCUUGGGUUGGGUGUGCCGUGUUUUUUUGAACCAGGCAGUUAAAAGGAAAUGCGUCGACAACGAAAGUUAUUUUCUUUUCCCGUUUGCCAUCGGGAUCUUCAUCGUCGGCACAUGUGGCUGUUUCGGCGCAGACGACACGCUUGCAUGCUUUGUAGCUGGAAACGCAUUAAACUGGGAUGGCCGGUUUCUAGCAGAGGCGCAUCUCAGACACGACUCGUUCAACAACAUCAUCGAGAGGGUCCUAAACUUUGUGGCAUUCAUGUUUAUCGGCCUUGUCAUGCCAUGGCAAGACCUCACUUCGCCUGGAAAAGUCGCGGUCAACGGGCUUACUGCAUGGCGACUCGUUGUGCUGGGGAUUCUCGUGCUGUUUCUGCGACGCAUCCCGGCUAUCAUGCUCACGUACCGGUUUAUGCCAAAGGUGUGCCGGGACUGGAAGGAGGCGUUGUUUUUGGGCUAUUUUGGACCGAUAGGCAUUGGCGCGGUAUCCUACGCCGAGUAUGCGAGGCAGCUUUUCCCAAACCCAGGUCAGAGCGAUAAGGAGAUUGAUGACCUGACUGGCGCCCUUAUUCCAGUGGUAUAUUGGCUAGUCUUUUGCUCCAUCAUUAUACACGGCAUUUCCGUGCCCAUCCUAAACGCGGCAUACAAAUAUUUCAAAGUCCAACCGGUGCACGACGAACCAGUCGAGAUAUUACUGCUAUCAAACAACGAACCUCUCCCCGCAAACAGUACUGCAUGCCCGCACCGCCAUGCCGCCGUUCUCAAUAAUCGCUUCUCGCGACAAGACGGCCUGGAUGAUGAGCUAGAAGCCGAGGAAGUACGGCGAGCAGCAGCUGCUGCUGCAACAGAAAGAGAAUCUGGCUUUGUUAUGCAUCGGUGCUCGACGCAUGCCUCAGAUGAGAGUGUGUUGUUGGGGGGAGGGGGUACAUGUAGUAGUGAGAUGGGCACGAUUACGCCGGUGGAUACAUGUAGUACGCCAUCAUCGGUGGUGCCGCAGCAGCCGCGUCGCGAUACGCGGAAUAUGGUAUGA